CGUCGUCUGGUUCCAUUUCAGUAUUCAGAAGAACGUUUUAGGUAACAACACAAAUCUUGAGAGAGAUGGCUAGUAGCGACACAAACCAACGAUUGAUUAAUGCAUUGAGCAAAUUUACGGACGUUAAAAUACAGACAAGUCGGCAAGAAUCUCGACAAGCGAUAUCGCUGUGCCUGGAAAAUAUCGUCAAGCCCGUACUGCAGAGGGUCGCCGAGUAUGAGCCCCGAUUCAAGGCAGAACCACCCAUUCCGACGAGCACAUACUUUGAAGGAUUGAGAGUUUCUGCGUUGAACGAGUUCGAGUUUUUAGUCUCGUUGGUCAACUUGUUGUCUUUUCGCGGUUUCGACGAUGUUGGCAAACGAGACCCUAAAUACGGGUGUUACGGGUACCUGGUGGCGAAGCAUUCCAAUUUCGAAAUCGACGACCUGGUGGAGAAAAUACCGAAACGGGCGAGCCCCGAGGGAUAUACGGGAUUGGGAGUUAUGUCGGCGAAGAAAGUGAAGGAGAAGUUUUACAAACUAGUCCAGACAGCGGUUGAAAAUUUAUCUCUGUCACCGGAAUUGAACACCAAGGUUUACUUGCAAGGUUCUUCGGACACCAUACCUGUAUUGAAGGUGCAACACGGUGACCGCAUGUACAACAUUGAAUUGGUACCGUGCAUAACAUUGCAGAGCGAUUGGCCACCUACCGCUGAAGGGUGGGGUAACGAAACUAAUGCCUGGCUCACGGCUGAAGAAGCGAAGGAAGUCAAGAAAUUUGGUUUUCAGCUACUCCCGACUCGGUGUCCCUUGGACGCCGACGAUGGCAACCUGUGGCGUCUCUCGUUCUGCCGUGGAGAGAAAUUUCUUCUCAAGCACUCGAAUAUCGACUCCGUGAAUGGCAAUGGUAGACGGAAACAGUGCGAACGUAUCUUAAAGACCAUCCGUGAGGCCAACCGAGAAGCUUUCCUUCCACUUGUUUCCUACCACAUCAAAACUGUUUUCCUCCACGAGAGUAUGAAAUUCCCCGAUCCGUCCCAAUGGACGAAAGACAAACUUGGCGAAAGAUUCAAGGGACUGCUACGAAGUCUGAUAUAUGCUUUAGAGAAAGGGCAGUGCCCCCAUUUUUUCGUCCGUGGUUGCAAUUUGUUUGCAUACUACUCGCAGGCAGACUUGAGUCGUGUUGCAGUUCUUUUGAGAGAUAUCCUGGGAAGUGUUACAAACCAUCCCGAUGCGUGUAAAUACCUCGAAUAGUAAAGUCAACAAACAGACACGCACCUUACCUGUUGGCAGUCAUAAACGAAUAUAACCGUAUACAUGUGUGCAUAUUAGUUAUUAAAUGGCUUCUACCUUCCAUGAUUAUUAGUUCGCAAUUUCGUAUUGCAAGUUUCGUCUAUUAUACACAUUUUUGUUUUUCAUAAAUAUACCGAAUAUAAUGUUUAA